AUGACCCAUGCAUACUGUGCGGACGCUUGGCGCAAAUCAAGUAGACGCCAGCGAAUAUGGUACACGGAACAUUUGAUGCCGGCGCUCUUGGCCGCGAAGGAGAAGCAAGUCAGGGAUAUAGACACUCUUAUAGGCAUGACAAAGGAGCUUAUAGAUAUAUACAAUGAGCCAGCAGCGAAAGCAAUCCCUGUGAUUCCUCACGAAGUCGUUCCCAGUGAUGACAUCAGCUUGAUGAAACCUAUAGAACCAGCGGUCUUGGAUCUUCUAUAUGGAAGCACAGAAAAGGGUGCCGCCGAGAGGUACCUCAAGGCUAGGUAUAAGAAAGCACCCGAAGAUAAAUUCUACUUUCGUCUGGCAACCAGCUUUGACUACGGCUGGCAGCAGAAGCACAGUAGGAUGAAACCUCGCGACGUCAACCGCGGUCGCUGUGCUAUACUAAAGGACACCUUCUACAGGAAGAAUAACUUGGCCCCCGAUCCCGUUCACUAUUCGCAGCCGGCUGGUGGUGAAGUGUCUAUAUGCAGCGAAUAUUCUUGUCACUUCAAUUGA